UAUUUUCGCCAAUUCAGUCAACUAAAUCUCUCAAAUAUUCCACACCUACAAAUACAAAUCAUCAAAAAUAAUCUUCCCAAAAAAAUUAAUAGCUUUCCCCGCCAUUUAGUAUCUGUCAUUUCUCUCCAUUUUUAGGGCUCAAAAGCUCUCUGGUUCUCUACAACUCUACCAAAAAAACCCUAAUUUAGCCUUGUAGUUUCACAUUAUUACAUUAAUUGCCACUGCACACUACUCUUUCCCACUACAUGCUUUUUCUACUCCCCCAACUGUUGACUCGCCGGUUAAUUAAUAAUCGAUGAGCAAUUUAAAUCCGGUAAAUCAAACCGGCCGGAGCUCCUCCGGCUCAACCCGACGUGGCAUAGGAUUGUCGAAUUCAAUACACUCGGAAGUAGCGCCGUGUCUGCCUUUGCCUUCGCUUCCGGUGUUCUGUGGCGCAUCGGAUCCAAACCUUAAGUUUUUUGAUGAUGGAAGUAACAGAGGCGUGCGGUCUUUGAAUCGUAGUGAAAUUCUUUGUCAAGCGAGUCGUAUUGCUGAUCUGCUUCAAAAUACCGACGUCUCUUAUCUGAACUUUCGAGAUGCAACAAGGCCUACUUCCUUUGGAAAUGUGGAGCAUUUAGAACUUUAUGACCAGGUUCUUCAAUGCAAUCCUGAAGCAUUCGAGUAUGUAACUCCUGGUAUUUUGGAUGAGAAGGAACUAUGUACGAGUACAAUAUUUGAAACCAAUUCCAAUGUGCCAAGUAUACCUGUUCAGAAUCAAGAUGACAGCAAUUAUAAUAAAAGUCAAAAACACCUGCGCAAAUCCGUUGGACCAAGCAUACCAGUUCCGAGUCAAGUUCAAAGCAAUCACGAUGGAAGUCAAAGUCACCUGCCCUCCAUUGUACCAAGCAUACCUGUUCUGAAUCAAAGUCAAAGACACCAUGAUGAAACUCAAAAUCAGCAGCUCAACUCCAUUUCUAAUGAAAUUCCUUCAUCUUUGAAAAAAUCAAGAGCUAAGAAGAAGGGCACUGAUGACAUACCACCGUUGGUUCAGCCAGAUCCUGUUGAGCUUCAAGAUACCAUCAUCGGAAGCUUCUGUGAAAUGCUAGAGGAUUUCUGUGGAAAAACUGAAAUUUUGAGUGAUGAUCGGGAUGAAGCAGAGUGGUUGACAGUGCCCGCUAGUGAUCUUAGAAUUCUUGUAAAUGAAAUAAUGUCAAUACGUGCAAAAAAGCUUCUGCAUUUAGUUCCUGUAGAUAUCCUUGUAAGACUUUUGCGGAUUCUAGAUCAUCAGAUACACAGGGCAGAAGGUUUGUCUGUUGAUGAAUACGAGAAUCAAGAUUCUGAUACAGUUUCCUCAGUGUUUUGCGCCCUAGAAUCCAUUCAUGCAUCUCUGGCUGUAAUGGCGCAUAUGAGCAUGCCAAAGCAACUAUAUAAAGAAGAGAACAUUGAACGGAUUCUGGAUUUCUCUAAGUAUCAGAUUAUAGAUGUUAUGGCAGCUUAUGAUCCAUCAUAUCGUGCUCUGCACAAGCCACAUGAAAACGGAGUACCUGAAGGUGAUGAAGAUGAAGAACUUGAGACUGAAUAUGGUUCAGCAAGCAAGAGAAGGCGCACUCAAAAGAGUACAAAACUGAAGAAAUCAACAUUAAACAGGGUCUCUGGUGCUGUCAAUAUUAUUCUACAGAAACUGUGCACUAUUCUUGGCCUUCUGAAGGAUUUGCUCAUAAUGGAAAGGUUAUCAGAUAGUUGCAUUUUGCAACUGGUGAAGACAAGUUUUACAACAUUUAUGGUGGAUAAUAUCCAACUGUUGCAAUUGAAGGCAAUUGGUUUAAUUAGCGGGAUUUUCUAUUCGUACACACAGCAUCGCAUCUACAUUAUAGAUGAAAUAGUGCAACUUAUGUGGAAAUUACCAUGCUCAAAGCGUGCCCUAAGGGCCUACCUCCUUCCAGAUGAAGAACAAAUGCAGAUUCAGAUGAUCACUGCUCUAUUAAUCCAAUUAGUUCACAGCAGCGCAAAUCUUCCUGAAGCCUUAAGGGAAGCAACUAGUGGUAAUUCUAUCUUAGAAAUGUCUUUGGAUUCUAGUUAUCCAACCAAAUGCCAUGAAGCAGUCACAGAGACAUGCUGUCUUUUCUGGAGCCGAGUCCUUCAGCGCUUUACAACUGUUAAAAAUCAGGAUGCUUCUGAACUAAAAGUGAUGAUAGAAAAUCUUGUCAUAGAUCUACUGACAACACUAAAUUUACCUGAAUACCCUGCAUCAGCUCCCAUCCUGGAGGUUCUUUGUGUCUUGCUACUCCAGAAUGCUGGGCUGAAAUCCAAGGAUGUAUCUGCUCGUUCCAUGGCCAUUGAUCUUCUUGGUACAGUUGCAGCGAGGUUAAAGCAGGAUUCUGUCAUCAGCAAGAACAGAUUUUGGCUAUUACAGGAUUUGGCUAGUGGUGACGUUGCUGAUCAGAGUUAUCCUAAUGAUGCAUGUUGCAUUUGCUUAGAUGGAAAGGUUGAGAAGACACUGCACAUGUGCCAAGGUUGUUAUAGAUUGUUCCAUGCUGAUUGUAUGGGAGUUAGAGAACAUGAAGCUCCUAAUCGUAGUUGGCAGUGUCAAAUUUGUGUCUGCAAGAAGCAACUUCUUGUGUUACAGUCAUAUAGUAAUUCUCGGUGCAAUGAUGAAGGGAAGAAGAACAGCAAUCGAUCUGAAAAGAAAUCUAAAGCCUGCAAUCCCAUUACGAAAGUUGAAAUUGUUCAACAGUUGCUCUUAAGUUAUCUUCAAGAUACUGUAUCUUCCGAUGAUGUUCAUCUUUUCAUUAGAUGGUUUUAUCUUUGCUUAUGGUACAAGGAUGAUCCCAAAUCUGAACAGAAGCUCAUUUACUACCUAACUCGACUCAAAUCAAAUCUUGUUGUGCGGGACUCUGGUACUGCCUAUUUGAAAUUGAUGAGGGAUUCGGUGAAGAAGAUUACUUUAGCACUGGGACAAAAUAGUUCUUUCUCAAGGGGGUUCGAUAAGAUUCUUCAUAUGCUUCUGGCUAGUUUAAGAGAGAAUUCUCCUGUAAUUAGGGCCAAAGCUUUACGAGCAGUCAGUAUUAUUGUAGAAACUGAUCCAGAGGUAUUACGUGACAAGCGUGUGCAAUUGGCUGUUGAAGGAAGAUUUUGUGAUUCUGCAAUAUCUGUAAGAGAAGCAGCACUGGAACUUGUUGGCAGGCAUAUUGCUUCUCAUCCUGAUGUUGGGCUGCAGUAUUUUGAAAAGGUUGCUGAGAGGAUGAAAGAUACAGGAGUUAGUGUUCGAAAACGAGCUAUUAAAAUUAUUCGAGAUAUGUGCACCUCAAAUGCUAAUUUUGCUCAGUUUACAACUGCUUGCAUCGAAAUUAUUUCUCGCAUAACUGAUGACGAGUCGAGUAUUCAGGACAUCGUCUGCAAGACAUUUUAUGAAUUCUGGUUUGAGGAACCAUCUGGUUUGCAGACACAGUAUUAUAGAGAUGGUAGUUCUAUGCCUCUGGAGGUGGGUAAGAAGACUGAGCAGAUUGUUGAGAUGUUAAGGAGUAUGUCAAGUCAUCAGCUCUUUGUCACUGUCAUAAAGCGCAACCUAGCUCUUGAUUUUUUGCCACAAUCAGCCAAAGCUGCUGGAAUUAACCCUGUGUCACUUGCAUCAGUUCGUAAACGCUGCGAGUUAAUGUGCAAGUGCUUACUAGAAAGGAUAUUGCAGGUCGAGGAAAUGACCAGUGAGGAAGUGGAGGUUCGAACACUGCCUUAUGUGUUGGCGUUGCACGCAUUUUGUAUUGUGGAUCCUACACUUUGUGCUCCGGCUUCGGAUCCUUCCCAGUUCAUAGUCACUCUACAGCCAUAUCUAAAGACUCAGGUUGAUAACCGGGCAGUUGCGCAGUUACUGGAGAGCAUCAUCUUUAUAAUUGAUUCCGUUCUUCCCUUGAUACGAAAAUUGCCUCAGAGUGUAGUUGAAGAGCUUGAACAAGAUUUGAAGCACAUGAUCGUUCGCCGUUCGUUUUUGACAGUUGUCCAUGCUUGCAUCAAGUGUCUUUGCUCUUUGAGUAGAGUAGCUGGACAGGGUGCUGCUGCUGUUGAGUAUCUUAUUCAGGUAUUUUUCAAACGUCUGGAUGCUCUGGUAACUGACAACAAGCAGCUAGUCUGCCGCUCUCUGUUCUGUCUUGGAUUGCUUAUUCGCUAUGGAAAUUCUUUGCUGAGUAUUUCUAGCAGCAAAAAUAUCAAUUUACUUAGCAAUCUCUCCUUGUUUAAGAAGUAUCUUUGCAUGGAAGAUUUUGGUAUAAAAGUCAGAUCUCUCCAGGCUCUAGGAUAUAUUCUAAUUGCUAGGCCUGAUUAUAUGCUGGAAAAGGACAUUGGGAAAAUAUUUGAGGCAACUUUAUCUUCUGGUUCUGAUGUUCGUCUUAAGAUUCAAUCACUACAAAACAUGUAUGAAUAUCUUCUGGAUGCCGAAAGCCAAAUGGAAACAGAGAAAGACAGUAAUGAUGCUAGUCCUUACACUGCAGAAGGGGAUCAUAGUGUACCUGUUGCUGCAGGUGCAGGUGAUACUAACAUUUGCGGUGGUAUAGUUCAAUUGUACUGGGAAAACAUUUUGGGAAGGUGCUUGGAUUUCGAUGAACAGGUUCGCCAGACUGCACUUAAGAUUGUGGAGAUAGUGCUACGUCAAGGUUUGGUGCAUCCCAUCACUUGUGUUCCAUACCUUAUAGCACUUGAAACAGAUCCUUUAGAGUUGAACUCAAAGUUGGCACAUCAUUUAUUGAUGAAUAUGAAUGAGAAGUAUCCUGCUUUUUUUGAAAGCCGGUUGGGGGAUGGCCUUCACCUAUCAUUUAUAUUUACGCAAUCCAUUAGUGGUGUCUCUCCUGAAAAUCUAAACCGAAAGCUCCAAUCCAAAAGUGCUGGAAAUAUGAAGGGAAAGGCUGAAGGUGCCUCUCUCACUCAGGCAAGGCUUGAAGUUUCUAGAAUCUACAAGCUUAUUCGUGCAAACCGUGUUUCAAGAAAUAAAUUUAUGUCUUCUAUUGUGCGCAAAUUUGAUAACCCAAGCUGGACAAAUGUGGUGGUUCCAUUUUUGAUGUAUUGCACAGAAGUACUUGCGAUGCUGCCAUUUACUCUACCUGAUGAACCCCUUUACCUUAUUUAUUCUAUAAAUCGAGUAAUACAAGUUAGGGCUGGAGCACUUGAAGCAAAUAUGAAGGGCCUAAUUUUACAUUUGACACACAGAAAUUCUCGGAAGGUAUUCCAUGAAAAUGGAGUAAUUCAGGAUUUGAAUGGGAUAAUUCAACAAGAACCAAUUAUUCAUCCUGUUUCCUAUCAUACCACCACAAUGGAUUUGAAUGGGAUAAUUAAAACAGAGCUAGAUGCUCGGCCUGCACCGACUCCUUCAACAUUAUUUGAUUUGAAUGGAACUGUCCAGGAGGAGCCCGACUUGGCUGUGAAUAAUAAUGCCUCAGCAGAUCAUAAGACCGAAAAGAUGAAUUCUGGUGAUUCUUUUAGCAUUUCUAAAGAUGACGUGGACAAAAUUCAGGUUGACUGUCUCUCGGCUACUGCAUUGCAGCUUCUGUUGAAACUCAAAAGGCAUUUAAAAAUUGUGUAUAGCCUGAAUGAUGCCCGCUGUCAGGCGUUUGCUCCAAAUGAACCUCCAAAAGCUGGAGAGCCUUUCUCCAGGCAGAACAUUCCCUUGGAUAUAAGCGAAACAUCUACUAGCGAGCCGUCCACAUAUCAGGAUCUCGUACAAAGAUAUCAGGAAUUUAAGAGUGCUUUAAAAGAAGAUGCUGUUGAUUACAGCACUUACACUGCAAACAUCAAGCGGAAACGCCCCAACCCCACCCCCAGAAAGCCAAAAUUUGUACGGCCCAGUGUAGUUGAUGACGAUGAUGACGACGAUGAUGAAAGUUGGAGAGGAAGUGCUCGGAGGGUAGUAAACAAUGUUGGGAAGAGAAAUGUCAACACUAGAUCAUGUAGGCAGAGAUGAUGUAGCUUUGUAAAUAUUAAAUAGGUAGGCUAACAUGUACAUUGAUUAGGAUUUAAAAAAAAAGAAGGAAAACAAUAGAAUAGAAUGAUAGCUACAAAAGAAAAUGUGGAGACAGAAGAAAGCAAUGGAGAACUCCGGAAUGUAAAGAUGGUGUUAGUGUAGGCCUGCCAGAUGGGCAUUUCUUGUAGCUGUUUCCGUUUUGUAUUUUGCUUAGCAUAUUGUUACUUCAUUCUUUUUUGUCAAUCAAAUUCAAGUUUUUUUGUA